AUGGCUGACUUCAGGUACACCUCCUUCGCCGUCGCAGGUGCUGGUCCCACUAUCGGUCUGCGUAUCGUUAAGGCACUCUUGGCUCGUAACGCCUCUGUUCUAAUCCUGACUCGUCUUUCCCGAAGCGCCGCGUCCCCAGCUCCAUCUGCGACCCCACAAACACACCCUUCUGGCGCUCAAGUCGCUUCAGUCGACUACACAGACAUCGCAUCUGUAUCCUCAGUUUUGCGAGCACAUAAUGUCCAAGUCGUUGUAUCUGCUUUCUCCUUCGGAGGACUCGAAGCACAAAGACCUCUUGCAGAUGCUGCGAAGGAAGCAGGGGUAACGUUAUUCGUUCCUAGUGAGUAUGGAAUGGUAACCGAAGGCGGGAAGGAAGGACAUCUGAUUAUCAAAUCACUUUUUGCUGAGUAUUUGAAGUCUAUCAAUCUCCCAUCUACACGUGUAUAUAAUGGAAUGUUGAUGGAAUUCGUCCCAUGGCUUGCUGGCGUUCCUCAGAUAGGCAAAUUCCUCAUUGCAGGUAAAGGUGACAAACCGGCGUCAUUUACCUCACUAGAAGACGUGUCAGGGUUUGUGGCUCAUGUCCUCACCACCCUCUCCCCCUCUGCCCUCCAUGAUAAAUCCUUUCGCAUCCAAGGUGAACGCACAACUCUCAAUGCCAUCGGAGCUCUCUAUGCCAGUGCGAAUAAAGCAUCAGUUGAAUAUGUGGACAAGCUUCCUGACGACCAGGGCGACUUCACGAAGCAAGCGUUCCUUCAGGGCAAUUUCGAGGCGGGUAAAGUAAGCACAGGCUGGGAUAAUGUAGCUGCUGAGGAUAAUGUUGAGCGGGCGUCGAGCGCAAAUGCGCUCUGGGAAGGUCAUCACUGGAUAAGUGUCAAAGAAGCGCUGGGAUUAUAG